UCUGGGUCACAGGGAGCACGGGAGCUGGUUGUCCCACCUCAGACAAGCUGCAUUUCAGCAGCUGGCUGCUAGAUCUUCCCCCUUUGAAGUCAGGGACUGGAGCUGGGACUCCUGGGCCCAACUUUUAAUGUAGCUCUGAACGUCGCUGUGCCUCACUUUGUCCAACAGAGAGGGAGAAAAGGGGAAAAAACUCUCCUGCUCUUUUAAAUCUAGACCAAACAGGUUUCUAAUUAAAGCAGCCCUUAUUCAUUAGUGCUCCAUGAAGGAAGAGAGCUGGUGGAUACUGGAUGCGAAGAGUGAGUUGGUUGAAACUCUCUGGUACUGGCUCCCUCUUUGUCCCUCUGCGAGCCUGGGAAUGGGUGUGAUCUCCGAGUAGGAGUGUCUCUGCAGUUAAGUAGAGGAUUGAAUUACCGAACGCUGCUGUUCCCUAGCUGACAAGGUAGCAGAACAGCAAACAAAAGUGCCUUGAAACUAGCUCGCCAAAGGAGAGAGAAGGCUGUGAGUUUAGCAGGGGAGGAGAGACCUGCGAGGACACUGCGCACUUUCUGGUAAGGGACUUUUCAAAUGCCAUAUUGGAAAGAAAGGAAGGUCUUUUGGUUGAGGAUCUGAACUGAGCCACACUUCUGGAUUCAGUUCCUGGCAGCCACAGACUCCACAGGAGCUCAGGGGUCAAGAUGACAGAAGGUGACUCAAAUCUUCCAAUUAUCGAGAGAAAGCCGGGACUCCAGAUAUGGGGCAUAGAGAAUAUGAAGAUGGUUCCUGUUCCUGAAAAGGCUUAUGGGACUUUUUUUGAAGGGGACUGUUACAUAAUUCUACAUAACAAAAGAACCUCUCGUGGCUCCACUACAGACUUGCAUUACUGGAUUGGCAAGGAUUCAUCCCAGGAUGAACAAGGUGCUGUGGCUCUGUACAUCACCCAGAUAGAUGACGCGCUUGGGGGGAACCCCGUGCAGCACCGGGAAGUGCAAGGACACGAAUCUGAGACCUUCCAAAGCUAUUUCCGGAACGGCAUUAUCUACAAGAAGGGAGGAGUAGCUUCAGGAUUCAAGCAUGUGGAGACCAAUAUGUACAACAUCAAGCGUCUUCUUCAUGUCAAGGGGAAGAAGCACAUAUCGGCCACAGAGGUAGAGCUUUCCUGGAACAGUUUUAAUAAGGGUGAUGUUUUCCUGCUGGAUCUCGGGAAAGUGCUGAUUCAAUGGAAUGGACCCAAUUGCAGCAUUGCUGAGAAAUCUAGGGGCCUCGCAUUGGCUCGUAGCAUCAGGGACAGCGAAAGAGGCGGCCGUGCUCAAAUCGGCAUUAUCGACAACGAGAAGGACUCUCCAGACCUCAUGCAGAUCAUGAAGAUGGUGCUGGGUGAGAGGCGUGGGGAGCUCCGAGAUGCCAUCCCCGACACGAAAGCAGAUGAGCUGCAGAAAGCAAACGUCCGGCUCUACCAUGUCUACGAGAAGGACAAUGACUUGGUGGUACAGGAGAUAGCUACUAGGCCCCUGACGCAGGACCUGCUCCAGCACGAGGACUGCCACAUUUUAGAUCAAGGUGGUUUUAAAAUCUAUGUUUGGAGAGGAAAAUUAUCCAGCAAGGAAGAGAAGAAAACAGCCUUCAGCCGAGCUUUGGGUUUCAUCCAAGCCAAAGGCUAUCCUCCUUCCACCAACAUUGAAGUGAUAAACGAUGGAGCGGAGUCAGCCAUGUUUAAACAGCUCUUCCAGAAGUGGACGGAAAAGGAUGAAACGCAAGGGCUGGGCAAAGUCUACACUACUGGCAAAAUUGCCAAGGUGGAGCAGGUGAAGUUUGACACCACUCAGCUCCACGCCAGACCAGAGCUAGCUGCUGAGCAGAGAAUGGUGGAUGAUGCCUCUGGCGACGUAGAGGUGUGGAGGAUUGAGGACUUGCACAUGCAGCCGGUGGAUCGCAAGAAAUACGGGCAGUUCUAUGGGGGUGAUUGCUACUUGGUCCUGUACACCUACCUGAGAUCAGGCAGGCCUCACUAUGUCCUCUACAUGUGGCAGGGUCGCCAUGCCUCUGUGGAUGAAAUCACGGCCUGUGCCCUCAAUGCCGUGGAGCUGGACAAAAAGUACGGGGAUGAGGCUGUGCAGGUGCGCGUGACAAUGGGCAAGGAGCCAUCGCACUUCCUGGCGAUCUUCAAGGGCAAACUCAUCAUUUACGAGGGAGGCACGAGCCGGGGUCAGACAAGCACGCCCGAACCUGCGAUCCGCCUCUUCCAGGUGAGGGGCACGGACGAGAUGAACACCAAAGCCACGGAGGUGCCGGCCCGGGCCUCCUCUCUCAACUCUAACGAUGUCUUCCUGCUGAUGACCAGCCAAGUCUGCUACCUGUGGUGUGGGAAGGGCUGCAGUGGAGAUGAAAGAGAGAUGGCAAAGAUGGUUGCUGAUGUCGUCUCAAAACGGGACAAGCUGACUGUUUUGGAGGGACAAGAGCCAGCAGAGUUCUGGGAAGCCCUGGGAGGCAAAGCCCCUUAUGCCAGUGAAAAGAGGUUUCAAGAGCGGAACACCCACUACCAGCCUCGCCUCUUCGAGUGCUCCAACCAGACAGGACGCUUCAUCAUGACGGAGGUGGUGGGUUUUUGCCAGGAAGACUUGGAUGAAGAUGAUGUCAUGCUGCUAGACACUUGGGAAGAGAUUUUCCUUUGGGUCGGCAAAGCCUCCAACACACAGGAGAGGAACGAGGCAAUUGCCUCAGCUAAGGAGUAUCUCAAGACCCAUCCGGCAGGGAGAGACUUGGCAACUCCAAUAAUACUGGUGAAGCAGGGCUAUGAACCUCUCAACUUCACAGGGUGGUUCAACGCCUGGGACCCCUACAAAUGGAGCGAUGGCAAGUCCUAUGAGGAGAUGAAGAACAGCCUGGGAGACGUGUCGGCUCUAUCCGAGAUCACCGUGGAUCUUAACAACAUCAACCUGAACAAGAGAAACAUCAGCGUGAUCAACUCGACUGUUUCAAGUACAAAAAGAGCUUCCUCUGAGUAUAAAACACACUUCAACCACAGUGACAGCAACAGCAACAGCUACAGCAACAGCAGCAACUACAACAGCAGCCCUUCCCCAAUGCCCAACGGUGAAGGAAUUUACUCCCGAGAGGUGCUGAUCAACAAAACGGUGGAUGAACUUCCAGAAGGCGUGGAUCCUGCUAAGAAAGAGUACUACCUCUCUGACACCGAUUUCCACGAUAUCUUUGGGAAAUCCAAGCAUGAGUUCUACCAGAUGCCCAAAUGGAAGCAACAGAACGAGAAGAAGCAAUACGGACUCUUCUGAGACCACAGGGGCCAUCUGGCAUCUAAUGACUCUGGGACCAACCUCGAUCUCUUAGGAGCUGCAGGGAAGGAAUGCUGACAUUUGUCAAUGAACCCAACCUCAUCUCAAUCAGGCCAAGCCCCAGCGCAGUUAUUCCAGCAGACACUGUUCAGGGGAAGGCUCCUUUUCCUUGCAAACCUCAAAAACAAGUAGGCAAAAUUUUUUGUAGGCGUGACUUUGCAGGAUUGUCUUGCCUUUUGUGGACAUUCUAUUGCUGAUAGUCACAAAGACAAGUGUGUGUCACACAACCAUAGUGUAGCUUGUCCUCUCCUCUCCCCCUUGCAAAUUGCCACUUGCACAAGGUCAGGGUCUUCCUGAAAUUUAAAUUAGGAAAUUUAGGAAAUUAGAAAUUUAAAAUUAGGCAGGACCAGGGCUACUUUCAGCUGAUGUGUAAGUGCUGGGUCGGGAGAGGAGGGGAAAGCACUAGGGGGAUGGUGGGAAGCCUUGGGGUCAGGAAAAGAUACUGGAGUAGCCAGGCGCAUGAUGGUGUAGCCCAUGGAGUGAGACUCGCCAGUUCAGCCCCUUCUCGCCUUGCAGAAGAGAUAUUCACCACAGAAAAUCAGUUGCAGACUAAUGUGCACUACUUGAUGCAGGAAAAACAAAUGAGAAGCUGACUUGUAAAAACCCACAUAUUUAGAACAUAUUUAUUAGCUGAUUUAUUUCAAGAGGCUGAUGAGAUUUAGGGCUAGAUGCAGGAUUUUGAGUGUCAGAAAAGACCCUAUUUUUUUUUUCUUCCAUUGAGAUGGCAUCUCCAUUCUCACCUGGCCUCUCUGACCACAAGCAGGUGCAGGUGGGCAGGAGAGUCCAUCUGCCUACAGACCAGAAGCCUGGAGAAGCCAGGAGGUUUUGGGGGAUGACCAGAGGCAGAAUUUGUGCGAGUGCAGCUUUUGUCACGGAGCUCCAUCCCUGCGAUCUCUGUGGGGCUGAGAGGGCACGUUCCACAGCGUGAGCUCGAUCUGAUCAAGGGGGCGGGGGGCAAUACAAGUGAUCAGUGUUUAAGGGAUACAACUGUAAACAAAAGGGAAGAACACGUAUGUUUAAAGAAACCCAAAAGAUUUGGUUUUGCAGCUUUAUUCCAUUUCCAGCCUGAUCAGUGAUUUCAAAUAAACAGCCAACAGCAACA